AUGUUCCGUGUACUAAUCUUAAAUUUUUUCUUCGAUGGAAUGUUUGCUCAGACGUCCAGUUUGUCCAUGACGAUCCUGCACACGAACGAUGUGCACGCCAGGGUUGAGCCCUUCACUGCCAUGGGAGCCAAAUGCCCGGAAGAUGGAAUCCAGGAAUGUUUUGGUGGUGUUUCGAAAAGAGCAAGUUUCAUUAAACAAGAGAGAGCCAAGGGAGAGUUAUUGUUAUUAGAUGCUGGUGACCAGUUUCAAGGGAGUCCUUGGUUUUAUAUCUAUAAGGGGGAAGACUCAAGUCAUUUCAUGAAUGAACUCAAUUAUACUGCCAUGUCUCUAGGAAAUCACGAAUUUGACAAUGGAGUUGAAGGAUUAAGGAACUUUCUAAAGAACGUUACUUUCACUGUUCUCUGUUCUAAUCUUGAGAAAUCUAGCGCGCCAGAUUAUCUAGAAAGUAUAAAACCAUUCACGGUAGUAAACUACAAAGGGAAAAAUAUUACCAUUAUUGGUUAUCUCACCGACAAGGUUCCUGAACUUUCUAAAAUAGGAAAUUUGAAGUUCACAAAUGAAGUUAGUAAAGUAAAGGAACUCGUUCAAGCUGCAGUUAGUUCCGGGGCCAAGUACAUUAUUGCAGUUGGUCAUGCAGGCUAUCAAAAUGAUUUGAAGAUGGCGCAAGAAGUGCCAGAUUUGGACAUCAUAGUUGGUGGGCACAGCCACACCUUACUUCAUAAUGCAGUCAAAAAAUUUAAGGACAAAAUAACUGAUGGCUAUCCGAAAGUAGUAGAACAUGGUAACGGCAAAAAAACUUUAGUAGUUCAAACUGGGUUCAUGGGCAAGUUUGUAGGCAAGUUGACAGUUCAAUUUGAUGAAGCUGGCAACGUAGUUAGUUUCGAAGGCAACACGGUUCUAAUGGACAAAUCGAUUCCAAGUGAUGCCGUUAUUGAUGCUCAACUGACAUCGCUGAACGCUAAAAUAAAAGAAACAUUCGGCAGAAAAAUCGGAGAAACUGAGGACUUCUUAGACGGAGGCCAAUGUCGUCUUAAAGAGUGCAAUAUAGGAAACCUGUUCACGGACGCAAUCAUCAGCUACUUUCAAGAAAAAUGGCCCAAUCUUGUCAUAGGUCUUGUAAACGGUGGAUCCUUAAGGAGCAGUAUUAAUAAAGGUUGUGUAGUUACGUAUAACGACAUCGUCAGCACAUUCCCUUUCAGCGACCCAUUUGUUUUAGCAGACGUCAAAGGAGUCGUCUUAAAGGAAGUUUUCGAACACUCUGUGGCCAACUACUCGACCGUUGAUAAGCACGGAAAAUUUAUGCAGAUGUCAGGUAUAAAAGUUCUGUAUGAUUUGAAGAAGCCGAACGACAACAGAGUUGUAGAAAUCAAAGUGGCCACUAAAUUUAAAAGCCAAGAUUACGAACCUCUGAAACCUGAGCAAACCUAUAAAGUCGCCCUAGCCAAGUUUGUCUUCAACGGUGGAGAUGGUUACACGUCAUUCGGCAAGCACUCCUGCACUAAAAUCGACGUCGAAAUCUUAAUGAAAUACUUUGAGUUGAACCCAAAAGUAAGAGCUGUGAUCGAAGGGAGAAUACGCUUUGUGAAUCACGGAGGUGAAUUUGGGGACGGGACCAGUACCGAGGAAGAUAAAGAAAGUGGGACCGUGUUUGAAAAUGAUACUCAUAAUCGGAAUGACACUAAAAACUCUGGUGUAGGUUUAACAAAAGCAGCACUAGAUAGAAAUUUGUUGCUAUAUUUUAUCGAGAGCUGUUUGUUUAUUUUGUUAUGGUUAUGA